CGCAAAGUGCCUUCAAAGCAGGAGCAUAUUCUUGUGGGUUUGCUCCAGAGAUAACCUUUACCCUGCGCCUUUGGCUCGGAGAACAAUUGUUUUUUAAGGAAACUGUAGUUUCCCAUCACUUGAAAGUGCAACUAACUAGGUAGGAUUAUUGACAAGAAGACUUCAGUGUUGAAGGAUAAUAAACAUCCUCCAACUCUUUAUCUGACGUCUGGACCUUUAUGGGAUGAGCCGCGCAUGGAUUUAUACUGAAGUCAUUGGAUUUUCACUGGAUGCAGGUGGGAGAUUAAUUUGACAAAUGUGCUACAUCCUCAUCAGGAAAUGAUUAUUUUUGGGAUUAUCUGACAUGGCAAGGAUAUCGUCCAUCCUCGCUAAAAUCAUGCUUUUCAGAGUACUGGUUUUAAUCCUCUUACAAGGUGUGUUGACGUCUGAUGAUACAGUGGUUAGAUCAGAGGCCAGCUCUGGAGGUCUGCCACACUCAAGCGGGCCGCUUGGCUCCGGGGAACCCGCGCGUCUGAAGAUGUCUGCGGCUGCGGAGACUAAGUCCAGACCCAAGCGCUGCACCUGUUAUUCCUACAAGGAUAAAGAGUGCGUCUACUACUGCCAUUUGGAUAUCAUCUGGAUCAACACUCCCGAACGCACUGUGCCCUAUGGUAUGUCGAGCUACUCAGGCCCGCAGCGAACCAGACGUGCGCUCGCCAGGCAACAGACUGAGCGUUGCGCAUGUGCGCGUGGAGCAGACCUCAAGUGCCAUCAUUUCUGUCUGACGAGUGUUCUGAAGACAGUGCCACCCAGGAGUCUCCACAGAGUUGCUGGCCCUGGAUGACAGAUUGAUGACUCUACUAAGACUUGGGGCAAAGGACCCUUCACUUCAGUCCUGGCCCUUCACUCACUGUUUGACACUGUUGCUGCUACAAGUUCUCUCACAGUUAAGGGGAAACACUUUGGGAGCAUGUUUCAUCAUGACCACUGGGUUUCGAAAACUCCUCAGUAUAUUAAGUCAAGAUCCCUGGAGGCGAUCCCAUCUUUGUUCCCUCGUGAGAGUGCGUGAGGAUUAUAUGCUUCAUAACGCCACAUAAUACAAUAACCAACAACUUUUCUCAUGUCGAAUUUGAUUAGACAAAUCGUUUUUAUUCAUACCUGAUAAAAAGAGUUUUAUGGACUACAUUUGACUCGUCAAACAUGUGUCAACCUAAAAGAGACAUUAGUCAUUACCUCUGCAAAAAUACAGGAAAGCAUUUGAGAAAAACAUUUUAAGAUUAUUCUGCUUGUUGGUGUUGAAUAAUUAACAUUUUCCUUCUCUCUUCUAUAGGUCAGCAUAGUGUCCUACUGAAACAACUAGUUACCUAAUUAACAAAAUGAUGUGGUUCACUAUAGAGCAGAGUAUUUAAAGAUUUAAAGAAAAACUAUACCACAACCCAGUUAACGAUGUAAAUUGUGACAGGACACUUUAGUGCAUGAUAUAACAUUUCUGACUACUCUUUAGUGCCAUUUCUGUAACACCGUUUUUUUUGUCGUUGUUUUGUUUUUUUGUUUUUAAAUGUUAACCAGCAAUUUCAAGAGACAUCUGUUACAUAAAUGAAUCACAACUUCACUUCAUGCAUAUGUUAUUUUAUAAAUCUAAAAUGUAUCAAGUGACCAUUCCGUGGGUCCCAAGCCAGCCAAUGACUUCUCUAGAGAACAAAAAAAAAAGGGACAAUGAAGUAAGCAGACAAGUCAUUGUUGAUGCCGUUCAGUUUGUGCUCUCUGCGGUUAAAGUUCACUGAGACAUAAGGCUAUGACUUUUUCUCUCCAUCGGGGUCUGUCCUGUGCCAGGGUGUUAGCUGCUUGCCAGGAGAGCCCCAUGGUCACCAGGUCCUCUGUCACAGUUCUUCUCCAUGUGGUAUUCUUUCAUCAUGCAUUCUUAAUACAUGCCCUAGACAUUUCAGUCUUCUGCUGGUUAUUUCUGUUGCUAGCCUUCUACAACCAGUUUAGUUAUGUGUUUGUUGAUUUGACAUUACUGUUGUAGAGUCUAAUUUUAGUCUUAAGACUAUACUGGUUUGGAUUUAUACUUUAUUAAUCCCCUUAGGGAAAUUGUUUCCACACUGAGUAGCGCCCAGGGAGCAAUGGGGGUUGGGUACUUUGCUCAGGGUUACCCCAGCCCUUUUGACCUGGUGGGGACUUGAACCAACAACCUUCCGGUUACAAGCCAAGUUCCCUUUCCACUUGGCCACGGGCUGUUCGACUGAAGGAACACCUGGCUUUAUCAAGGUGGAUUUUAAUGUCCUUUUGUGCACCAUCUGUUGUACUCCCAUUACCAGAAUCAUGUCAUGUUGUGGGAUUUUACUAAUUUCUCCUUGUAGUUGCUCGUACCAGUCAUCUUUAAUCUCAUCCUCUGCUUCAUUCGUAGGGGCAUAACAUUGUAAUACAGUUAGUUUGCAGAAUCUUGAAUCGAAUCUGGCUCUUGGUCUCUGUCGCUGAUGGGUUCCCAUUCAAGGAGUGCUUUUGUUGCUUGUUUGUUUAAUAUGAGGGCUACACCAUUAGCCUGUUGGUUGUCUUUACCAGAGUAUAUGAUGGUUAGGCCCUCUGAGAUUACUUUACGUCCUGAACCAGUCCAUCUGCAUUCACUUAAUCCAAGCACAUCUAGGUUGUAGUUCAGCAUUUCUCUGCUUACUUGGGCUGUCUUUUCAUACAUAGUGCGAACAUUCCAUGUUCCAAUCCUGAUGGUACGUUUAGGGCCAAGGAGACUCUGCUUCAGGCUUCUGACUUCCUGAGGUAGUCUUUCAUCAGGAGCUGUCAUGGUGCCUGCUGCUGCUAGGCUGGAGCGUCCUGUCAGGCCCUGGGGUCUCGUAGGUUGAUAAGAUAUAGUUUCAGUAACAAGAAUUGUUUCACGGUGUGAGGUUGUUGGCCUCACACCCAACCCCGAACCUGGAGGGCCAGGUGCUGACUUUUGUCUGUCCUCUCGCCUGUAACCUGCCCGGCAUGAUUGCACCUGCCGGGGGCCUAGUUCUAGAACCUGCCAAGGACCUAGGUCUAGGGCCCCGCCGGUAUAGCUCACAGGUUCCUUGAGGCACUCAAGCCUCCCCACCGCGUCAAGGUAGCAGCACAGGGUUCACUGAGACCUUUGACAUAAAUGAUUUGGCACAAUCAAAGAAUAAAAGAGACUUGUUGUAGGUGGUCAUUGUUGCCUUUGUGCGUGCUGCAACUUGGUUUGAAAUACAUUAGCAUUCUUGCAGUUUGUCUGUGCAUGUGUCUUUGGGUGAAUGUGACAGACAGAGGGAGAGGGCGAAAGAGCGGACAGAGAUAGAGCGAAAGAGGUGGGCAGUAGGUGUGAAGUGUAUCAUUUAGUUUAUUGUGACCUCACAGAAAUCAUAGUUAUGUUGUAACAGAAUCCAGUGGCAAAGCUCCUUCCUAAGUUCUCAUAAAUUUGGUCACAAGUGACGCGUUGCAUUCUCACUUUGUACAGUAUGUAUACUAUGUAUGUAUGUACAUUCAUAAAUGUUUAUGCAUCAAAUCAUAAUGGAAUAAUAUAAAGGGAAUUGAACUGGAGGUGGGGGACUAAGCUGUCAACUGUAUGAAAAAAAUGUCAGAAUUUGUGCUGUCCUAAUAUUUAUAAUUUGUUAAUAGUCACUUUCCUGUAUGUUACCAGCUAUAGUAAUAGUGGCAUUACCGUUGCCUUUGAGUCUGUGGUGCCUGUAACGUGUAAUUUAACGUGUACUCCUAGAAAUGUCUUCUGACUUUAUUAGGCACUUUUGUUUUAUGUGCCUGUGAAAAUGAUUGUGAGCACACAAUGAUUCUUUCAUGCGAGCAUUGACCAUCCAUUUUGCAUUCAUGCAAUUCAUUUCCGUCUCGUACAUGACCUGUUCUCCUUGGCAAGAAAAUAAGUCAUUAUGUGUCAAUAUCUGGUUUGUCAAAUGCAUCGCUAGUUACAAGGUUACUUCGUUUUUUUUCAUUUUUUUUAACCAAUAAACACAAAGUUAAAGUUGCCUUUUA